GCCUUUGCCCACGUCAUGAAGUGGGCGGAGUCAUCAUCUGCGCUGGAUUGUGAAGAAGCAGUUAGCCGUUAGCUGGAGCUGCGGGGCGGAUAUAAAGCGAGUUUGGGGUCGGUGAGCUCCAGGAUGAACGGUGAGAGCUUCCCGAACGACUGGAGCCUGCUUCAGCUCAGCAGGAGGACUCCAAUCAGGCCUCCUCCCUGCGACUCCUCCUCCCUCCUCUCCGCCUGCUGACGGCGGCCAUGUGGCAGGUGGUCCAGCAACAGAGCGUGAAGCAUUAUGGGAUGUUGGAGGAGUUGGUUUCCCUGGUUACUGAGGCUGCCCCUGAGCUGCUGUCAGAGAGGAAGAGAGGUCUCCUGCUGCUGGCCCUGAGGACCAAGGUGAUCCUCGCUGAUGCUGAUAAUCAUCCGAACCACCUGCAGAGGAUCCGCUCCAUCUCCACAGCAUCGCAGGAUGAAGAUCUGACUGAAUGCUGCUCCUCUCUGCUCGCUCUCACCAACAGACUGGCCCAGACUCCUGCUGCUUCACAGCGCCUCCUGCAGGAGGUGUUCAACCAGAGCUUUGACUCCGCCCUCCAGUCCCUGGUGUCGGACUUCCUGUCCCGGGUCGAGCAGCUGUUUCCUGUCCCCGACUUCAGAGAGGCUGCCUCCUGGCUCCAGGACGCUCCCGGCAUCCUGGAGGAAUCUCUGCAGGAGACGGAGAAGGAACACCUGAGAGAGCUUCUGUCCAAUCAGAGCUGCCGCCUGGGCCGGGGAACCACCGCAGUGGAGGAGACGAUCCUUUCAGCGUGGUCCCACCCCCUCCUCUCUGAGCCCGCCCACUCUGAGCCGGCCAGCCAAUCAGACAGCGGUCCUCAGCAGCUGGAGGAGGCUGUGAUUGGUCAGAGCGUGUCAGAGGAGGAGCAGGAGGCGUCCAAUGGGCUCGCUGCUGCGGCGGAGGUCGGGAACAGGAUGGAGGAUUCCCCCGGAGACCCUGACAGCCAAUCAGCAGGCUCCAAACCCACAGCCAUUACCCCGUGCAUCAUUUCCCACAAUGCUAAGCGUGUGGCUAACCGGUGUCCUGAAUGUGGGAAGUGCUUCAUCUACAGGUCUCAGGUCAUCAGCCACCUGCGCUCCAACAAAGCCUGCGGGUCGGGCCGAAGACCCGGGUCCGAAGGUUCCGACACGGCGGGGCCCCAUCCUUCCAGGAUCAACAGCUGCUUCCAGUGCAGCGUCGUCUUCCAGAGCAGAGCAGAGCUGCUGGCCCACAUGCGCUCCCAUCAGCACCGCCCCGUCUUCAAGUGCAACCAGUGCGACAAGGCCUUCCUGCACCUGUCCAGCCUGACCAAUCACAAGCAGACUCACCUGAGCGGGCAGGACCAGACCUGCAGCGGGCCUGAGCCGACGUCCUCAGAGAGGGACAACAGCCAGCAGGAGCAGCAGGAGCAGCAGCAGGAGCAGCAGGAGGAGCAGCAGCAGAAGCCGGACCUCACAUGCUCCAUCUGCCAUCAGAACUUCAGCUCGCAUCGACGGCUGCUGGUGCACCUGCAGACGCACGCAUCCCAGGGGGUGGAGGUUCUUUAUAAGUGCCCUACCUGUGACCAGAGCUUCUCAGGAGUGACUCUGCUGCGGAUCCACAUGCGCUCCCACAAGGUGCUUUCCUACCCGUGCCCCCAGUGCAACAAGGCCAUGAGCACCGCCUCCAGCCUGCAGUCCCACCUCGCCAGGCACACCAGCGACCCCUGCUUCCUGUGUCAGCAGUGCGGUAAGCGCCUCAGGAGCCGCGGCAGCCUGGAGCUCCACCUGAGGAUCCACAGUGGGGAGCGGCCCUACCGCUGCCCCCACUGCCCCAAGAGCUUCUCCGUGCUGCCCAACCUCAAAGUGCACGUGAGGCGGCACACGGGCGAGCGGCCGUACGUGUGCAAGGUGUGCGGCAAAGCCUGGCCCUCGGGAGGAGACCUGGAGAAGCACAUGAGGUUCCACACUGGAGAGAAGCGCUUCGUCUGUCAGGAGUGUGGGAAGGCCUUCACCAUGUCCUGCAACCUGAAGGAGCACCUGCAUAAGCACAGAGGAGAGAAGCCGUUCUCGUGUCCUGAAUGCGGGAAAGGUUUUUGGAGGAAGUUUGAGCAGAACAGGCACGUACUGACCCACAGGAAAGACCGUCCAUACGCGUGCACCUUCUGCUCCAAGAGCUACACCAGAAGAAAUCACCUGAACAGACACCUGCUGACACACCAGGGCCCUGCUGGGCAGGAGAAGGAGGCGGAGCCUGCGGAGGAGGCAAACUAAACAGAAGUAGACGUCUGUAUGCUCCAUAAACAGAAGAGUUUGAGGAUGAGACCUGAAGACAUCAGCUCCUGCCGUUUCUCAGGAAAUGAACCACUGGACACAGCUGGAUGUGGAUAAACUUUAUUGAGAUCAUCUGGUUUCUGACAGGAAGUGGGUGAAGUUCUAGUCGUCGUCUCCCCCCGUCCUCUCGAUGACCUUCCUCAUCCAGCGGCCCAUUCUGAACAGGUGGGUGUAGAAGCCGUACUUCCCGUCCCGGUCGCAGCCCUCGCCCCAGGACACGAUGCCGAUCUGGUACCAGCGGUUCUCUGGUGGGUACUGCAGAGGGACAGACGGGUUAUCAGGAACCUGGUUCCUUCAGGAAGAACCGUCUAAAAGUGGAAAACUGCGGCUCCUCUGAGGACGUUUCCAUGUUUUUUAAUUCAGGUAAUUAAUGAGGAGGAGGUCAACUCCUCCACGGAGGGUUCCUCACCUUCAUCACAAACGGUCCUCCGCUGUCCCCCUCGCAGGCGUCCCCCCGUUGGCUCUCCUCUGGGCUGUAACCUGCAAACAAACUGCUGUUAACCCAACCAGAGAACAACUUUUUUAGGUACUGGUGCCAGAUUCUUCUCAGUCCAAACAGAACCCAUUGGUCGGGGUGGGUUCUGUUUGCCUCAGCAGAUAGAACCCACCCGGACCGUGUUCUGGAUCAGGGCGGCAUAAAAUAAAGACUCCUAUUGUUUCAUCACAACAUUGAUCUGUAAAAUGAACCAGAAAAUAAAAAUAUUUUGAAAAAUAA